GCUUGUAUAUCGUAAAAGAAUAGCUUUACAUAGGCGAAACUUCGGUAUAAAAGUACAAUUGUUUAGUUAGACUCUAUCGUACAGGAAAAUGGUGCCACUAAUGAAAAAUGCCAUGUUGUAGUGUUAAUGACUUUGGUAGCCACAAAAAAGCGGAAUUUUUCAAAUAAGCUAACCUUCGUGACAGUCAGCUAACAAGACAAGUCAAAGCUUUAUUGUAAAACAAGCUUUCUACCUUUUCUGAUUGAAAAUGAUGAGAAAACCCAGAGCCACAACAGCCAAAGUUUCAAACUACAACGAAAAUGAAAGUCUGGACUCAGAGUUGUCUUUUCGUCAUGCAUCCAGUAUUGAUGAUGAGGAUGCCGACGAGUGGAGGCCUCCAGAGCCAAAACCUCCCAGCAAGACUGCCAGAAGCACUGCAGCCGGGACGAAGAAAGCAGCCGCCAAGAGAACGACUAAACCAAAAGCUCCCAAAGAACCUAAAGUGUCUCAAAAUCCUAAACAACGUGUAUCACGGAAACCUAACGCAGACCAAAAAAAUCCAGUCUCCAAACUAAAUAAUUCUACUGUAUCUUCGUUAGUUGGGACAAAGAGAAAACAGUCUGAGAGGUUUGAUGACAAUAAAGACAAUACAGAGUCUGGCAGUCCAGAAGAAGGAAGGGUUGGCGAGAGUGGUUCCAAUAUUAGAAUGAAGGCAGAGAGGGUGUCGUUUAUUGUGUCAGAAGCCCACGGGACAGAUGAAUUGGCUGGUGAAGGGUCAUCACGAGCUGGGUUUCAGGUAAAGAAAGAAGAAGCAGAAGCAGCGGAGGACGACUUUACGUUUGAUGAGUCUUGUUUAAAAAGACGGAAGACCGAUGACACCAACCAGGGACAACGGGCAACUUUACCAGAGUCCAAAGCACAGCCACUGAGGAAUGAACUCAUGAUGAACUGGGAUAUGACAGAGCUACUUUCCACCCUGGCAUGUGCAGAAAAAUGGGUUUGCAGAAAUAUCAUUACGCUGCUACUUGAGGAAAAUACAGUUCCCUUUAUAGUGCGCUACCGCAAAGAGAUGAUCAACCACAUGGAUGCGGAUGCUGUCCGGGAUGUCAAGAUGUUAUAUGAAGAGUUAUGUUCUCUCGCCAAAAAGACUCAGUCUGUGAUUCAAACCCUAAGAAAGGAUGGUGUUCUGACAUCUGAGUUGGAGCAAAGUCUUAGGAGCUGCCGAUCAGCCGAUGAACUGGAUCAUGUGUAUACCCCAUAUAAAAAAGGCAGCAAGCUCACUAAAGCUCGCAGGGCCAAAGCAUUGGGCCUGGAAGAGGCUGCCACUGCACUGAUGAACACUCCACACAACCUGGAUCUAAGUACAUGGGUAAAACCUGGUACUGAAGGUUUAUCAUCUGUGGAAGAAGUGGCCACAGGUGUGGAGCAUAUCUUGGCAGAUAUGAUAGCCAAAGACCCCGAGACACUCACUCACAUUAAGACAUUAUGUGAAAAAAACUUUGUGACCAUCCAGUCAUCUGUGUCUAAGUCUGCACUAAAGGAACAGGAACAAACACAGUCCACCCAAGGCCACAGCAAAACAGGAGCUGAGAAAAACAAGGACAUUGACAAGUUUCAACUCUAUUUUGACUUCACUUGCAAUAUCCAGCGCAUCCAAUCCCAUCAGACGCUGGCCAUUAACCGAGGGGAGAAUCUGAAGGUUUUGACGGUGAAGGUAAACAUUCCAGACAGAGUGAAGAACGACUUCACUUGGUGGUGCUUGAACAACAGGUGGAGGCCAAAAACAUUUGCAAGACAAAAUCUUCAGGCAAUCAUUAGAAAUGCAGUCGAAGACUCUUAUAAAAGGCUUAUUCUACCUUUCCUCACAAGGAGCUACAGGACUAAGCUAACAAGUGCAGCAGAAAAGGAGUCGAUUGCCAUGUUUGUGCGGAACCUCCGCCAGCGCUUGUUGGUGUGUCCAGUCAGAGGUUGUGUCAUCAUGGGAGUGGAUCCUGGCUUCAGACAUGGCUGUAAACUGGCUAUUCUCUCCCCCACAAGUCAGAUUCUUCAUACAGAUGUUGUGUACUUGCAUAAUUCAGGACAACAAAGAGAAGCAGAGAAAUUGCGCCACCUAAUGAUCAAAUACAGCUGCACCAAAGUUGUUAUUGGCAAUGGGACUGCUUGCCGUGAAACAGAGUCCUUCUUUGCUGACCUAAUUUCCAGACGUUUUUUUCACCCUUUGGAUGUGUCUUACUGUAUAACCAAUGAGGCAGGUGCAUCAAUUUAUAGCGUGAGUCCUGAAGCGGUCAAAGAGAUGCCAGACAUGGACCCAAACCUCAGAAGUGCAGUGUCCAUUGGAAGACGUGUUCAAGAUCCCCUGGCUGAGCUUGUGAAGAUUGAUCCGAAACACAUAGGCAUCGGAACAUAUCAGCACGAUGUGUCAGCCGGAGCUUUGAAGGCAGCGCUGGACGGAGUGGUGCAGGAGUGUGUGAGCUUUGUGGGGGUGGACAUCAACACCUGCUCUGAGAUAUUGAUGAGGCAUGUAGCAGGCCUAAAUGCUGGUCGAGCUCGGAAUAUUGCAGAGUGGAGAGAGAAGAACGGUUCUUUCAUCAACAGAGAGCAACUUAAACUGAUCAAAGGCAUGGGACCAAAAAGUUUCCAACAAUGUGCUGGCUUCAUUAGAAUCAACCCUCAAACGAUAAAUAGUGUCAAACCCUCAUCCCAAUCUGCACCAGCAGUACCAGAGAAACCAGUGGCCAAGAAGGGCAAAGGAAAGACUGGAACUAACAUACCAACCUCAUUAAACCCUCUGGACCAAACCUGUAUACACCCAGAGUCCUACCAUGUGGCGCAGAGAUUUCUGACCCUUGUCGGUGGGACUGUGGAUCAAAUUGGGAGCACAGAUCUGCGUUUCUGUGUGGAGAACAAGGUCAAAACGAGCUGCGUUGAAGAACUGGCCAAGACAGUAGAUACCACACCCGAGACCCUCAGACUUAUCAUGGAUGGCCUUACACAACCUCCCGGGUUUGACAUUCGACAAAAUUUCGGACAAGAGGAUUUUAAGCGAGGCAUUGUUUCAAUAAGUGAUCUACAAGUUGGUGCAGUGCUGACAGGCCGGGUGGACAACACUGCUUUGUUUGGAGCUUUUGUAGACGUUGGUGUAGGACGCUCAGGCCUCAUCCAUAAGAACAAGAUCACUCUGGACAAACUACCUGCCAGCCAGCGGCGUCGCAGCUUGGCUUUGGGGCCUGGGGAGCGUGUUGAGGUCCYGGUCCUCAAUGUUGAUGUCCAAAGGGGAAGGAUUGGGCUGGACCUGAUCAGGGUCCUUCAAUAGAUUCCCAUCAUCCCUUUCUGCAUUUGUUACUGGUUAUGUCAAAAAUAAUAAACAUGCAAGGAAAAUAGAUGGGGAGACCGGUGACGUCACCUUCCAAGAUGGCUGCUUGAGCCGACUACUCCUCCGGUAAAUCUUAAUUCGACCCCCAUUAUUUGCCAAAUAUAACGAAAAAUGAGUAAAAUUGAGUCGGUAAGGGGGUCUAGAAUGGGGAAAAGGACGGAAAUAGGAAAACCACGAAUGAAGACUUAGCACAAGAAAGAAAGACGGCAACUAGCUCACCAACUCACCAGCACCUCGACGAAGCUAAUGCUAAUCAGCUUCCCGCUGACGCGACAGAACUAACGCAAAUUCUGGGUGAGUUACGGGACUUUCGAAAAGAUAUGAAACAACAGUUCGAUGACAUUAAGUCAGAACUCAUCAACGUACACCGGAAAAUUAAGGAGACGGAGGACCGAGUUGAUUCGAUGGAGGAGCGGGCAGUGAACAUGGAGCYGAUAUUGAGCAAGAUGGCCGAACUAAUUACCCAGCAACAAGAAAAACUGCUCGACCAGGAAGGGAGAUCACGAAGAGAAAACAUUCGGAUAUACAACGUGCCAGAGGGAGCAGAAGGAUCAUCGGUGAGAGAUUUUGUGGAAAAAUUACUCAAGGACACCCUAGAGCUCGAACCAAGUAUGGAAUUGGACAUUGAGAGAGCCCACCGAGUGCUGGCUCCGCCACCGGCUGGGGACAGAAACAACAGGCCAAGAUCCAUUGUUGUUAAUCUUCUCCGCAGCAGAACCAAGGAAGAGAUUUUACGGUAAGCGUGGGGGAAGAAAGGUGUACUUCUACACGGGAAACCGAUAUAUUUUGAUCAUGAUUAUCCUCCCACAGUGCUGCAGAAACGUGAAGAAUACUUGGAGGCUAAACG